AUGGCUCUCAACUGGGUGAUGCUCGACCACGAGGGUCGCAGCCCUCUACCACUCCCUGAAGAACAAGUGCUGUGUCGCGUUGCUAAGACGUCCUUGCAACUCGAGUAUGACCCACAAGGCCUCACGUACAAGGCUGAAGGCGAUGCUUUGAUAUCGUCACAUAGAUUUGUCUUCAUCCGUCAGCCUCAGGCUGCCCCUCGUAACUCGCUCCUGAACUCGCUCUCUGUUCCGAUCGACCAUUUCCACUCGCACAAAUAUGUCAUCCCCAUCUUCACAGCUGCCUAUCUCCAAGCCGACGUCUACUCUGUCGCUCAGGGUGGACUGCCGGAGCGCCAAACCGGCGACGAAGCUUACCCCGUGGGAAAGCUCAAACUUUGGUUCAUGGAAGCGGGCGGCAUCGCUUUCCGUGACGCUGUCGACAAAGCUAAGAAGCUUUGGCAAGAGAGACAAGAGGCCGAGCAAGGCCGAGACGCUCUACCUGCAUACGAGCCACCUUCUGAGCCAUGA